AUGUACGACCUAUUCAAAGAUGAAAUCUGGAAAGAGCUUGGACCACUGGACCCAAACUGGUUCGAGGUUCUUACAGCGCGAGCAAAAGUUCAUGAUGUGUGCUCUAAUCAGGAGGGACUUUUCAAAACGCCCCGUGGAAAAACUUCACUUGACAGUCAGCUGUUUUCAACACCCAAAGUGUUCAGACACAAUCGAGUUUUGUCACCUGAAACUGAGGAGGAGCAGUUGUCCACAAAUGCAAAAGGUUUGCUUGACACCCCAAACAAAUCCCCAGUCAGCUAUGCCAAGCAUAUUUCGGAAAGUCUUGGCGCACAAAUGAAUCCCGACAUUUCGUGGACCAGUUCUCUGAAUACUCCACCAGCAGUGCCAUCCACCCUGAUUUUAUCUAAAACUGACGAGAGUCCGUGUCCAGUGAGUGUUACUGCCGACAGAAGUGUUGUUUUUGUGCGGAAGCUUUUCCCUUCAGUGUCAGAAGCAUUCACAGCUGACGUGAUGAAGAAUGUGGACAUGCCGUUUGUUUCCCAAGGCCCUGUUGCAAGUGAAGCCAACAACUGUCCUCAGUCAUGUCACCAAAGUGAGGGUCUUUGGUCACACGAAGUUCAAGAUGCUGUCAAGGAUGAAGACAUUUGCAGAAGAGCAGCAGCUGAAGAUGUUCCAUCCGUGCUGUUUGCCAACAGCAAUUCAGCUCUGAGGAAAGUGAAACCUGAAAGAAUCAAACGCAAACAAAUCGUUCAGACAAAAGAGAUCACCUGCAGCUCUAAUGUCUCUACAGCACCUGGUGAAAAGGGAGCUGCUCAUCUGGAACCUGGCAAAAUUCCAUCAUCCUCACUGAUGAAGACAGGAGAUACAGCCAUAAGCCAGUGGUCUCCCCUGAGUCUGUCUGAACUCCCACCUUUUACUGAGGAAAAUAACAUCUUAAUAGAACAUCCCCAAGGUGACAUUGAUCAUCUUCAGCUCUCCAGGGCAUCAGUCAAAAUGACAGAAUCUGGAUUUAAUAGAAAAAAGAGAAAAUUUGUCUACACUGUUGAGAAUUCUAAACCACCGCUUGAAGAAAAAAUAAUUUCUGACGACAAAACUGAAGCUCAGUGUUGCAGCGCGGUGAAAAAACUAGCAACAACUGGCGGAGAAAGCCUGCCGUCUUCUACAAAAGCAAAAGUCCAGGAGCUUGACAUGUCACAGCUUUGCAGGGAUUUUGCAGAAGAAUUCAGCCAGAUGUCAGACUCCGGUCGGCAGAGUAAAGGAGGGGAGCCCACUCAGCAUAAAUUCUCUCCAUCAGCAUGUCUCUCAGCCAUGAAACAAGGAAAACAACAAGUAAAGCAAGCAACUCUUCCCCAUCACUAUGAUGGUGGCGGGGACCAAAGAAACGUUUCUACCAACCAAACAUGCUCCACAGGGGAAAGAAGUGUCAACGACAGUGGCGUCCAGUCUGAUGUUUCAAACAUCACUGAUAUUACUUUACCAUCAUUUGGUUUUCCUUACUCAGAGAACACUGGACAAAUCCAACAGUGGUCUGGCUCUAAACCUGAGAUCCACAUGAAGACUCAUUUUCCAUCUACAAAGAGAGGAAAUGGAGAUGUACACGUGGGUGCUGAGGCUGAGACCUCACUGACCGCUGGGAAGAGGUCCAACGAGAGGCAGGCGGUAGACCCUGAAAGAGAGAGUGAGUCAUGCACAUCCACGCGACAACCCAACAGGGCAGAAGAACCGGCCGAUCACAGGGACUGUGUUCCAUCAAACGACCCGGUCUGUGGAAGUCUGCCAGACAAAACGGUGGUCUCUCUUCCUUCUAUCCCUGCAUCAGGAUUUAAGACGGCUUCAAAUAAAGGCAUACGCAUCUCAUCAGCCAACCUGGAGAGAGCCAAGCUUCUCUUUCAAGAGACUGAAGGAGCUGAACCCAUCAAAUGUGACCAAAGCAAAACUCCUAACACAGACCGGAUACCUCCAGCUGGAAAAGCAUUCAGUUCACAGUUAACAGCUUCCCAAAGAGCUGAUGUGAAUGAGCUGUGCUCUCUCUUAGAGGAGGCAGAUAGCCAGUUUGAAUUCACACAGUUUAAAACUCUCAAGCAGAACAGGCUUCCUCAAACUGAUGACGCUCCUCUACAAAAAGCUGACAAAGAAAUUGACCCUGACUUUCUUGCUGGUAUUGAUUUCGAUGACAGCUUCAGUGAUGGAAUGUCAAACGCCGCAGCUCAGCCCGCAGAUAUGUCGGCAUCAAGGACACUGAAAACAUCCUCUGGGCCUCCGCACCAACAGCACGUCUUUGAAGACAAGAUAUGUCUUGCAUCAUCUGAACCAGAGCAUCUCCACAGAGCUGAGCACAGUGAAGUCAGCAAGACGGCAAACAGCACUUUGAUGCUUGAUGUUGCAUUUAAGUCUGCCGGAGGAAGUGUUCUGAAAGUUUCAAGGAAGUGUCUGAGCAAAGCUAGGGCCUUGUUUGCCGAUCUUGAGGAAAAUGUAACGGAUCAGACUUCUCCUGGGCUGCAAAGAGAGGGAACCGAUGCUAAGAUGGAACAAAAACACAACAUGGAUUUGAACACAAGCAAGAAAGAUUUGAAAAGAAAUCCUGUUGAAUUUCCCAACAUGGCAGAGUCUGACUGUUCCAGCAAACAGGUCAUAGUUGUACAGGUCGAGGAUAAGUCAAAAAGUUUUAGAAAGACUGAUAUUGAGAGAGCCACGGGUCAGUCUGAUUUCCACAUUGCUGGUGGAAACCAGGCAGCGGCUUUUUUCAAAGACUGUGCUGUGGUGGACAGAAAGGGCCGUGAGUUUGAUGAGACCAACACACAACCUGCUCCUGAAGACGUUAAACCCACGAGAGGCCUUUCAAAAUAUAAGACCAUUCGGGUCGGCAUGUCCAAGAAGCCUGUCCGGCCCACUUCCAAAAAUCCUGGCGGUCCAGCUGGGGAUGAAUUGGACAGUGGUGCUGGAUUCUCUACAGCUAAUGGAGAGAACGUGUCAACUGGAGCCCUGAAGACGGCUGAAUGUCCUCUGAAUGAGAUGCAUACACCUGCAGACAUAAUCAGCCAGUCCAAUCAAAAAGGAAAGAUAUCAGGAACCCGUCAGAGUUUUCCACCGGAAGGCUGUGGAUUUCAGACCGCUGGUGGGAAGGCACUCUCCGUUUCAUUAGCAGCUCUAAAAAAAGCCAAAACACUGUUGAGCGAAUGUGAAGGGGCUGAGAGCAAAAGCAGCGCCUCAUCGGCACUUUCCAAAAAGCCAGCUAGCCGUCCACCGCCCCGUGCCCGUGGGUUUGUGGCAGCCAGUGGUAAACCCAUGGCGCUGUCGUCUGAGGCUUUACAGAAGGCCAAAGCUCUCUUCAGUGACAUCAGUUUAGAACCAGACAUCCCAUCUGUGUCAGGCACACAGACUAAUAGGGAAUAUAUGAACACUCAAGGAAGCUUUGAGCAAAUACAGUGCCAAGUCCCAAAUGCAGGUGCAGCAGACAACAGUCUGUCACAGAAAAAUCCUUUAAAAGCAGAGCACCUUUUGACCGAAUUUGACGAUUUGGCCACACAAGAGGUCGAUGCUUUCUUCAAUGACUGUGAAAUGGAUUGUGAUACUGCAGCCUUGGCAGAAGAUAAGAUUAGUAAAGAACCUGUGAGUGGGGUCAGCUGCGAUGAAAAAAAUCUAACAAAACUUAAUCCAGAUCAGGAUGUUCCUGAGGAGCCUGGAAGUGGAUGCUCUGAGGACCCGGACAAAAAAAGGAAACUAAAAGACGACACUUUGCCCCCACAAAACGGUGGAUUUCAGACAGCUGGUGGAAGAGUAGUCGCUGUUUCGCUUGAAAAUCUGAAGAAAGCAAAAGCCUUGUUCAAUGAAUUUGAAGGAGUUGAAGAUCAAGUGAGUACAAAGCCACCACAACCCAAAGUCUCCGAUCUGCCAGCCAUGCAGGGGGGGUUUCGAGCUGCCAGUGGUAAGCCUGUGCAGCUCUCCUCUGAGGCCCUUCAGAAGGCUAAAUCUCUAUUCAGCGACAUCAGUCUCAGCGAAGAGGUCCAAGCUGUUUCACACGCUGGGAAAAGCGACAAGAAGCAAGAUAGUGGUGGCGAAGUGGGGAAAAGACAGUUCGGAUUCACAACUGCAGGAGGAGCAAAAGUCCAGGUGUCACAGAAAAGUCUCACAAGAGCAAAACUGCUUCUGAAAGAAUUCAGUGAUUCGGGUUCAGCAACAGUAACACAAAAGACAGAUUCUGCUUUCAAUUACCAUGAAAUGAACGGCAAUAAUACAAUGUUUCCAAAAGAGGAGGAAAGUAAAGCAGCUCUAAGCGAGUGUGGCAGUGAGAGAAAACAUCGUAUGCCACUAAGUCCAGCUCAAAGUGCUUCUGUGAGCAUUUCUGAAGAGCCUGGAAAUGGAUGCACGGAGGACACAGGCCAACAGGAAGACGUUGCUUUCCCACCAAAGAAAAUAGAAUUUCAGAUGGCGAGUGGGAAAGGAGUGUCUGUUUCAUCUGAAGCUCUGAGGAGGGUAAAAACCCUGUUCAAUGAGUGUGGAGUCGAAGAGGAAAUGAGAACGAUACCACCACAAUCCAAGGUCUCAGAGCCGCCGCUCAGGGAAGGGGGGGCUCCUGCUGCGAGGGGUAAGCCUGCACAGCUUCCAUCUGAGGCCCUUCAGGAGACACAAUCACCCUCCACCCUAAGUGGGGCCAAAAUGCAGGAAAGACCGUUUGGCUUCACAUCCGCAGGUGGAGCAAAAGUCCAGGUGUCACAGAAAAGUCUCAUGAGAGCAAAACAGCUUAUGAAAGAAUUCAGUGAUUCUCCUUCAGCAGAAACCAGGUCAGACACAGACCGUGACCUUAGCAUGGCAUCCAGCAGCGAGAGUAAAAGUCUGAGGGACGACCUAUCCACGCCUCAUUGUGGUCAGAUGGUAGAAAACCUGCCUGGAAAUCAAAGCACAAACAGAGAAGUGAAUCAGGAGCACAGAUCUCCGACGGCUUCAUUUGAAGCUCCGCAGAGGCCAGGAAAUCUUUCGACCGAAUACGAAGGGGCUGAGGAUAAAACUGCUGCUUCAUUCCAGCGUUCCGAGACUCCAGUUUCUGUUCCGACCUUUAAAAGCAGUGGCUUUCUUUCAGCCGGCGGUAAGGCCGUUGCAGUUUCAGCUGAGGCCCUACAGAAGGCUAAAGCUCUCUUCACUGACAUCUCAGCUGCUCCAGAGAAAAGCAGCAGUGGAUGUGAAACCACUCGGAAGGAUUCGGGAGGAACACAGUCUGGUUUUCUGACGGCUGGGGGAGGAAAACUCCACGUGACGGAGGAAAACGUUGCAAAAGGAAAGCGUGUUUUGAAAGAAUUUCAUAAUUCUAACCUGACCCAAGCCAUGCAAGACGCAGAUGUUUAUUUUCAAGGUGCUGCUGAUGGAGAGCUGGAACUUUCAAAAGCGAAAGAUGGGAAAAGCCCUUCAAAUUUCAAUGUUGCCACGGCUCGUGUUGGAGACUUCUCUGCCCGGAGAACCCUGUCAGAAGUAAGGGUGUUUCCGUCCGAACACAGAAACAAGACCCCGGAAAGUUUAAGUGAACAAGGCCAGAUGCCUACAGAUGUGUUUGAGUGUCAAGAAGAAAAAAAUCUCCCAUCAAAGGCAGGAAAAACAUUUGGAAGGCCUGGACAGGUCAGUUCAAGCCUGCUGGAGUUUGAAGGUGGAGGAGCAGACGGGGCUUCAGGGCUAAACUUACAGUCGCUAGACCUCGCUGGAUGCACAGAAAACCAGCAGAGGUUUUUUGCUCAGGAGGCUCUGGACUGCACCAAAGCCUUACUAGAAGAUGAAGGUCUAGCUGAGCAGAGUCUCUCAAUGAGUUUUGAAAACCAGCCACUGCAAGAUGACCCAAAGUUAAGGAGCAAAUCGACAGUGGAACAAACCGGAAGCAGGAAAAGAACCGUAGGACAUUCAGAUCUGACCGGUCAGCCACCUUUAAAAAGGCGAUUAUUGGAGGAAUUUGACAGGACAGUUGAUGGUCCAAGGGCUUCUGCACUCCAUCCUGUUAAAAGUUGCCCAAAUGGUUUAAUGAAGGACAGGGCAGUUUUCCAGUACAGUGUUUCUCAUCAGCCAAACAUCACAAAGCCACACAGCGACGGGAAAAACUUUGUGAGCAUGGAUUUUCAAAAGACAGCACAAGCGCAAAGUCCAUCCCCAGGAGACGGUGGAUCAGCACUUUCCAAGACGCCCGGUUUUGUUUCUCCAUUCUUCAAAAAUAAAAAAACAGAGACGCCGAAGAAUCCAGUUCUCACGGAAAAGUCUGUGACGCCUGUGUUUGUUCCACCAUUCAAGAAGAAAAUAUCCCUCCCACAAGAGAGCUCCCCUGAACGACCCACAGAGGAAGAGUACAGCCAAGAUCUGUUUAUAAAGCGCUCUGACGGAAACAUUGAUGCUCCGCCUACCAACAAAACCAAUGGCACAGCAGAUGUAAUGGCUUCGGUUGACACUGCAAACAAUGAUACGAAUAAACAAAGUGCUCCUGUCGACUGUCAGUCAGCCAGCUCUGCACAGUCAUCACAUCUGGAUAACACAUUUUUAGAAAACAAAGACGUGUCUCAGAACAUCGAGCUGGCAAGGGACAUGCAAGAGAUGAGGAUCAGGAAGAAGAAGCGGCAGACCAUUCGACCUUUACCGGGGAACCUGUUUCUGACCAGGACAUCAGGAGUGACAAGGAUCCCCUUAAAAGCUGCUCUUUAUGGGUGUGGAAUCCAUAAGCACGUCUCUGAGAUCAGAAGUCAGACUGCUGAAUCUUUUCGCUUCAGUUUGCUCCACUUCAUCAAACUGGAGACAUUAAAAGAAGAUGGGGGUGUUCAGCUUGCUGAUGGGGGGUGGUUGAUCCCCAGCAGUGAUUGCACAGCAGGGAAAGAGGAAUUCUAUAGGGCUUUAUGUGACACCCCGGGUGUGGAUCCUAAGCUUAUCAGUAAGGACUGGGUGAACAAUCACUACCGAUGGAUCGUGUGGAAGCAGGCCUCCAUGGAAAGGUCCUUUCCAGAAAUAAUGGGUGGCCUCUGUCUCUCCCCAGAGCAGGUUCUCCUGCAGCUUAAGUACAGAUAUGAUGUAGAGGUGGACCACAGCCAGAGGCCAGCUCUGAGGAAGAUCAUGGAACGGGAUGACACAGCAGCCAAAACUCUUGUUCUGUGCGUUUGUGAGGUUGUCUCCAGAAGUCCCCCCCCAAACAGAGAGAACGGCAGCGAAGUUCAGCGUCCUCAAAGUGCUGACAGCAAGGCCAGAGCGCCAGCGACUGUUGUGUCGCUCACAGACGGCUGGUAUGCCAUUAAAGCCCAGCUGGAUGAACCUUUGGCUGCCAUGCUUAACAAAGGUCUACUGGCUGUUGGGGUCAAGUUGAUUGUCCAUGGGGCCCAGUUGGUGGGAUCGGAGGAUGCUUGCAGUCCUCUGGAGGCACCAGAAUCGCUCAUGCUGAAGAUCUGUGCCAACAGCUGCAGACGCGCACGAUGGGAUGCUAAGCUGGGGUUUCACAGAGACCCACGGCCAUUCCUGCUUCCCCUCUCCUGCUUGUAUAGCAAUGGAGGGUCCGUAGGAUGUGUUGAUAUCAUCAUACUGAGAAGCUACCCCAUCCAGUGGAUGGAGAGGAAGCCAGAGGGAAGUGUUGUGUUCCGCUCUGUUAGAGCAGAAGAGAAGGAGGAGAGACGACACAACAGUCACAAGCUAAAAGCUAUGGAGAUGCUAUUUUCCAAGAUUCAAGCUGAAUUUGAAAAGGAUGAAAAAGGGAACACCAAACCACAGCGAAGAAGGAAAACAAUUAGUCAUCAGGAUAUUGCAAAACUGCAGGAUGGAGAGGAACUGUAUGAAGCCAUCGGAGAUGACCUGCCUUACAUUGAGGCUCAUCUUAGCCAGCGGCAGCUCGAUGCUUUUCACAACUACAGGCGGUCCCUUCUGGAGAAGAGGCAGGCUGAGCUACAGGAUCAGUAUCGACGGGCUUUAGAGGCAAAGGAAAACGAGAUGAGCUGUCCCAAGAGAGAUGUGACACCUGUGUGGAGACUCUGCGUUGCUGAUUGGACGGCCCAGCCCGGCAGUGUUUACCAGCUGAAUCUUUGGCGACCGCCCUCAGACCUCCAGUCCUCAUUGAAAGAGGGCUGUCGAUACAAAGUCUAUAACCUUGUUGCCUCAGAUGGAAAGAGGCGCUGCAGCAUUGAAACGGUUCAGCUCACCGGGACAAAAAAAACUCAGUUUCAGGAGCUGAAGACGUCCCCGGAGUGGCUGUCUACACGUUUUCAGCCAAGAGUCUCCACGGACUUUGUCAAUCUUCAGAAAGCAGACUUCCAUCCCCUGUGUGGAGAGAUUGAUCUCACGGGAUAUGUGAUCAGCAUCAUCGAUGCACAGGGCUCUUCUCCUGCAUUUUAUCUAGCCGACGGGAAGCUGAACCUCGUUAAAGUGCGCCUUUUCAGCAGCUUGUCUCAGGCUGCCCUAGAGGACGUAGUAAAACCACGGGUCCUGUUGGCUCUGAGUAACCUACAGCUGAGAGGCCAGUCCAUGUUUCCCACUCCUGUAGUGUACGCCGGAGACCUCACGGCCUUCUCUUCAAACCCCAAAGAAGUUCACCUGCAGGACUCUCUGAGUCACCUCAGAAGCCUCCUCCAGGGUCAAGAGAACUUCUUUCUGGAUGCUGAGGAGAAGCUCUCACAGUUGCUCAUGUAUAAAAGCCUGAGCUCCAUCUCCUCUCCGGCUCUGCAACCUCAAGCCGCAGCUUCUACAACAGAGAGGAAACAAGACUCAAACACAACUGCAUCAGUUCAGAAACGGGCCAGAAGCCUCGGAUCCUUCACACCAAUGAGCAAGAACCCUCCUACACCAGCGGCCUCAGCAGAAAAAGAUCCCAGAACCCUGAAAAGGAGAAAAGCUCUGGAUUAUCUGUGUCGUAUCCCGUCUCCUCCACCUCUCUCCUUUCUGGGUUCAUUGGCUUCUCCGUGUAUCAAAAAGACCUUCAAUCCCCCUCGGAGGUCUGGGACACCUAGCACUUUACAAACUGUACAAACUCCAGAUAAAAAACCUUCCAGCUCUCUUGUGGAGGAAGAAUGGGUGAAUGAUGAAGAACUGGCGAUGAUUGAUACUCAGGCGCUGCAUGUUGGUGAUUCGUUGUAGGUGCAUGUGGCUUUAUUUUGGCUGUAAAACAUUUUAAAAUGAAAGAAUGUGAGAGGGAAGACUUCCUUUAACGUAUAUAUCCUGUGAAUAUUUGUCAUGUCACUGAACCUAUUAAAGUUGU